CGUUCGAACAUGGUUUCUGUUGAACGAGCCCCUGUUUGCUUUCCAGAGUGGAAUGUGGGUGUCAGGAAAUUUAGAUUUGUUUUCCUGAGCUCGUCCAAUUCGGUUACGUUGUGCCAGAACUUUGAGGCGGAGGAGAAUUUAACUCCUCUUUUCCUUGGUGCUGAUGUUAUUGCUAAAACUAGUGUUCGCACUGAAAAUCAUCCAAGAAUUCAUGCAAAAUUUGCAAGGAGAGGAUUGGCAACUAAGCUCAGUUUUAGUUCAGAACUUCGAUUUGAAGGACUUAAGAUGCCAACCAUGGUGAACAAUUUAUGGUUUUACAGCAUUCAGGGGCUCUUUCGAAUUGCUUUUGAGAUGUACAGUAAGGAACAACAGCUGGAUGUUCUGGUUGCCUUGCAGGAUUUAUGGAAAGCACGAAUAAGUGACCCUGUUCUGAAUGAAAAAUAUGAUGUUAAGGUUCUACGAAAUUUCCUUGGCAAAGAAGAGUUUGUAAAUUGUCUUCCUGAUAAAUGGAGCCACGAAAGUUCCUCUGCACUACACCCAAGCAUUCAACCUGAUAUUUUAUGUAGCACAACUACUUCAAUUUUAGAUUGUACCUAUAAUAGUAUUGCCAAAGAGUGUGAUCAUAACUACUGUGUGCAAGAAGCAAGUUUACAACAAACUGAAGAAACUUGCAUAGAUAACUCACUACGUGCAGAGAUUUUGAGUAAUGAUCCUUUGUCUCUUAAGUUUAGAUCAAUAUAUCAGAACUUUAAAUUAUUACCAAUGGAAAUACAAAAGGAACAUGAGAAAUCAAUUAUAUCGUUACUCGAUUUUGUGGAACUCCUAAUAAGUGAAACUAUAUCGGCACAGAAGUUGGCUGACAUGAUACUGCAACUUUUGACCAAUCUUAAAAACUUCAUUAUCAAGACAGAAACCACUGAAACAGAGGUUAAUUCUAUUUAUUGUAAUCACAUGCUGUACUCUGUAAGUAAAUGGUUAGGACAUCAGUUUUAUUCUGCUAAUGCCUCUAUUAGCAGGCAAGUAGAGGAGUUUAAAACAAUCCACAUCAAUAAAAUCACAGACUUACCACCUGCUGAAGAACUGGUGGAUAAACUAUUUCCUGAAGCUAUGAAGGUUUUGCUGUUAUGCUGGAUGGGGCUUGAUGACAAUUCUGCCUUGUGGAAACUGCAGAGUGAAUAUCCAAUCGUGCUGCUCAUAUUAGAAUUUGCCAAUCAUAAUCUAAUCACUGGUGUUGCACACGUUUUAUAUUCUAGCUUAAUCUGUAAAUAAAUUUGUGGAAGAAUUGCCUAUGUAAACUGGAUUUACUGGUUAGUAUCUUUUGGAGUGAAAAUAAUUUUGGAGAUUAUUUUGAUCAUAAACAGUUGGUUGCUUGAUGAAAACUUUGGGUGCAUCAGAAAUGGACUCACCCAAAAUGGCUAAUGCAGAUACUUUUCCAUCCCAUUCCCUGGCCUUUCUGCAAUCUUGAAUUCAACAGUUAUGAUCUUUAUGGUCAUAUUUUCAACUGCAUCAGCUUCUAAGUAUUUAUUAUGCAUUGUAAGACACAUUUGAACUAAUGUACUAUAGUUGACAUGGGUGUUUUAUCAGGGAGAAAAAUGGUUUGGUAACGGCAUGUUACGAUUAAAAAACUUGGGUCAACACUAGGUUUGAGAAAUAAUGACAAUUAGAAAUUAGAAUGUUGUUAUUUUGUUCUUUAUGCUCAUUUUUUUUUUGUUUUGUAUGGGAUCUGGAAUAAAUCAUUAAUUCUUUUGUUGAA